AACAUAAUAUUCUGCUUUGAACAGUUAACCGGCUUGCAGUUCGUUGUCCCACGUCCAUGAAUGUACUCACUGUCCACUGUCGACUAUCUCAAGCAAGGAAUUUAUUUCACAAUAUGUGUGCCGUCCCAGUUCUUGUAGUGUGAGUGAUGAUGAACCUGGAAAACCCAAUUCAGCCGACAGAAGUCGGAAAAGCAUAAUUUUAAUUCAGUGGUGUUGUAUUGUGCAAGCUUAAAUGUUCCCUGCUGUGUCCAGUUUUUCGCUUCUUUGUUUAGCGUCGUUGUUGUAUUCUAGUCAUGUAAAAUCGGAAAACGUCACCGUCGACUAUUUUCUUACAUUAAUAAACUCAAGACAGACAUCAUGGAAAGCUGGAAAACACUUCGUAGGAAAUUUUACCGUGAAGACGCUCACUCGUUCAAAUGUGCGAAUCUUCCUGCGACGUGAAUCGUAUGUUCCGGACAAACCCUGCAACCUGGAAGAUGUCCAGAUUCCAGAAAGCUUUGAUGCUAGGACGCACUGGCCGGAAUGUAGCGACGUUAUUGGGAGGGUAGAGAAUCAGGGACAGUGCGAAGCUUGCUGGGCUUUUGCUGCAACGAGUGUCAUGUCAGACAGACUGUGCAUUAAAACAAAUGGAAGAGUUAAAUUUCAAUUUUCUCCACAAGAUCUUGUGUCGUGUUGUUCCUACUGUGACAGCGGGUGUACUGUUGGGGUGUCGUCAAAGGCCUGGCAUUAUUAUGCAAACCAUGGAAUUGUUUCUGGAGGAGGCUUCAAUUCUUUCCAGGGAUGCAAACCGUACCAAGAAUCAGAAUUCAUGCAGAGCAAGAAGACAGAAUGUAACAAGAGGUGUGACAACCCAUCCUACGACGUGCCCUACGCUGACGACAAACAUUUCGGAUCCGAGUACUACAUGGUAAACAAAACACCAGAAUGUAUCCAAAAGGAAAUUCUGGAAAAUGGUCCCGUCCAAGUGACAAUGGGACUCUACGAAGACUUUGCAUUCUACAAACAAGGUGUAUACUUUUACACUGUCGGGAAGAGAAGAGGCUUACAUUCUGUGAAAAUUGUGGGUUGGGGGGUGGAAAACGGGAUUCGUUAUUGGCUGGCAGCAAACAGUUGGGGAUGUCAGUGGGGGAAUUUAAACGGAUUUUUCAAAAUUACGAGAGGGGUAGAUGAGUGUGCCAUCGAACAGCAUGUUAUAGCUGGACUUCCACAAGUUCCAAAACUUCCAAAACUUGAUGGUUAUGUCAGGACUACUGUUAAAUCGGAGUUUUCCACUAGCAAAAAUUUUGUAUGGCCAGUAAUAUUGGGGGUGUCUGCAUGUUUAGUAAUAAUAACAUUGUUAAGUAUAGUAUUUCAUGACAGGAUAAAAAAUCUAGUCCCAAAAUAUUUUCGAUUUAGCUGACAAUGAGUUAUUAAGUGUGAUUAUACUAUAAGUAAAUUAUAUUAAGUUAUUACUACUUAUAAUGCCAUAUGUACACUGUACAAUGUGCCUUAAGAAUUAUUUAAAUA